AUGAAGUUUUUCCAAACUAUCAAAAUAAUUAUUGAUCAUCCAGUAUCGGAUGAUGAUUUAACCCAGUAUAUCCUCAAUGGAUUGGGUCUUGAGUUUAGAGAAAUUGUAACCCCAAUUCAUGCUUGUAAAAUUUCUCUUAAGUUUAAAGAAAUUCAUGAUCUUCUGGGUUCUCUAGAACGAACAAGCAAAAUCAUAGAUCCUCUUCUAGCAAAGGCCAUGGCAACAUCAAGAGAAAUGGGCUAUCGCAAAUGUAAGCCCAAGUGCCAAUGGUGUGAUCAAGUAGGCUAUAAGACCAAAGCAUGCCCAAAGAUGAAUUCAGCUAAAGCUACAUCCAACUAUGCAACCACCUCACAAGGAAAAAAAUUUCAAAAGUGGCUUGUUGACUCUAAAACAUCCCAAAACACGACGAUUGAUCUCUUAAAUGUGUUCAUUCAUUCUGAAUGUGAUGGUACCAAUGAGGUUGGUCUUGGAUCAGGACUGCCUGUAUCUCAUAUCGGUUCUUUAUCAUUUGCAUCGUCUAAUCGUGUCUUCCAUACUAUUGCGUCUGUUAAACAAUCUAAAGAAAAUAAAGAAGAAAAAGGAGGAGGCUAG